AUGGAGAGAAACGCAGCAGCAAGAUCCUCCUCUCAGAUAACUCACCUGCAGAAUAUGUGUGAGAGGACGUUAUUCUGCCUGGUGGAAAAUCUGAGGAGCAAGGAGGUGAGGACGGAGGAACAGAGGAGGGAGGAAAAGGCGAGGAAGGAGGAUGGUAGCAACCCGAAAAUAACUGUGUCCAAUCUCAAGAAGAAGCCAAGGAAACCGAGGAGAAAAGAUGGACCCAAAAACCACAGCUGUCAGCACUGUGACAAAUCCUUCACAACUGUUGUGUAUUUAAAGGUGCACCAGAGGAUUCACACCGGAAAACGUCUUCACCACUGUGACCAAUGCGGGGCGACUUUCAUCUACCGGAAUCGGCUAAAACUCCACCAACGCGUUCACACUGGAGAGAAACCCUAUGGCUGUGACCAAUGUGGGAAAAGGUUCUCUCAUCCAGGAACCAUGGUGAGCCAUAAACUGCUUCAUACAGGAGAGAAACCGCAAAUCUGCGACACAUGUGACAAAGCCUUCCGCACUCACAGUGAGCUUUCAAAGCAUAAAGUAAUUCACCAAGAAGAGAGACCGCACAUCUGCAACGAGUGUGGGAAAACUUUUAAAAGUACAACUUAUCUAAGACUUCAUCGGGUUGUUCACACUAAAGAGAAAGUAUUCUGGUGUGACCAAUGUGGGAAGACUUUCAAUCAGAGUUCUCAGCUCAAAAUGCAUCAGCGAAUUCACACCGGAGAGAAACCGUACAGCUGUGAGGAAUGUGGAGCAGUCUUUUCACAGACCUCCGGCUUGAGAAGCCACAAGAGCAUUCACACUGGAAAGAAACCAUACAGCUGUGACCAGUGCAGCUCCACAUUUAGAGAGAGGGUUCAAUUAAAAACACACCGGCGUAUUCACACCGGAGAGAAACCAUACAGCUGUGACCACUGUGAGAAAACGUUUUCCCGGCAGGAUCACCUUGCCGUCCACCUACUGGUUCACACGGGACUGAAACCACACAGCUGUGAAUAUUGUGGGAAAAACUUUUCUCGGCGUAGUAAUCUCAAAGUCCACCAACGCACACACGCUGCACACCGUUAACCUUUUCUCAGAGCAUAGCUUACGCUCUGAUGGUGAUGGAAAAAUAUUGAUUGCUUUAGUGCUUCUCAGGUAUAUUAGUUUUGUGAGCAUAUCUGUAUAUAUGCUACACGUUAAUUCUGUUAAUAAUACUCACAUUUGCAGAAGUGCGCACCUGAAAAUGUCAAAACACGUCGUGUUGAGAUGCAUAUCCUGUUGUAGUGUUAUGUUUGUACUUCCCUAUAAUCACUGUGAGGUAGACUCAAACGUCAUUGCUCACUGACUGUAUUUUUUAUAGAAUAAUGUUCAUUUCCGAUUGAUAGAGCCUCUUUUUAUUUUAUUUUACUGGAUAUGUUUAAUCUGCUGUUGUGAUUGUGCACAGUGAUUAUUAUUUGUUAAUUAGGCUAAAAUGUGACGCAUGCUUUUGUCUCUAUUUUGUCAGUAAAUCUGAUCGAAAACUUGUUUUCUAUUUUUCCCAUUAAAUUUGUCGACACAAA